GUUAUUAUUGUUAUUACUAUUAUACGGGAUAAAUUUUUCAGAAAUAAAAAAUAAACUAUGAAUAUGUGCGAUUUAAAAAAUUAUCAUCCGUUAAAAGUGUUUAUUAUUAAAUAAAAAUGAUCUAUUUUAUUAUUUUUUAUUUAUUUAUCGGGACUUUUGGAGAAACAUUUGAUCGAGCAAUUCAAAUCGCAGAGUGUAUUGUUAACUGUAAUACUGAUUCAUGUCAAAAUGAUUGUUAUAAAAAUAUUUAUCCUCAACGAGAGAUAAAAAAAAUUGAUUUGAAUGCUAAUUUUAAUGCAACUUUACACUGCAGAGACGUUAAUUUUUUGAGUAUUUUACACAAUCCAGGAUUAUUUGUUAUUGAACAGAGUGCAGCUAAUAGAAUUUGGAAUAAUGCACAAGUUAUCAAUGGAAAAAUUUCAUUGUUUUCAAAUUUAUAUCCUGGAUCUAAUUAUCGUUAUCGCACACAUCGUGUAACGGGUGACGGAAUUUCUCAACCAGAAAUAUCAUCUUGGUUUACUACAAUGAAAUUGGAUAGUGAACCUGAACAAGUGAAAGAAAUUUUUGUAAACAAUACAUUACCCGAGCGCAUGAAUUCAAAAUAUUUACAAGCAGAAGUUAUUUUUAAACCAGCUGAGGAUCUUAGCUGUUUUUAUGAAGUACUCUCAUGGACACGAGACGGAGGCUUAUCUAUUGGGAAUAUUAACGCAACAAAAUCUUUUAAAUUUUAUCUCCAUGGCCUUGAUUAUAAUCAAAAUAACACAUUAAUAAUAUCAGCUAAAAAUGAAGGCUUCUCAUUGAGUAGUAAAAAUUUAACUUAUAGUUUUAUUACACCAACGUGUUUAGAUGUCCAUCAAAAUUUGACUAUCUGUCCGCCUAAUGCAGUCGAUGGAUUAAAUGUAUCCCAAAUUUAUUAUUAUAAUGAGAAAUGUAAUUUCACUAUUUCUUGGGAUAAACCAGAUUUAAUACCAGAUAAUUAUACUAUUCAAAUUUUUACAUUCGAUAAGUCUGAUGAACCUCAAUUAAUUGUUGUUCCAGGAGAAUUAACUGAAGUUAUUGUUUCAAUUAAUAAAACUGGAAUACGUUAUAUGAUAAGCAUUAUAGCUGAAUCUCAUGGUGGCACUAGUCCACCAGUUUCUAUUUUUCGAACAUUUGAUCGCAUGAAAAAUAACUCAAUAUCAGUGUUCAAAGAAGUUGCCAUAGUUUCUCCAAUAAUUAUAUUAAUCAUAACACUGAUAGCAACUAUAUUACUUUACUUGAGACACCGAAAAAAUAAGGAAAUUCAACGACAAAAUAAUUAUUGUUCUAAUCUCAAAGAAACGAUAAAUCUCAACCCAUUGUAUAAAAAGUAUUUAAAACCAACUUCAAUGACUGAUAAUAAAAUAGAUAAUGAUUCAUUAUUAACAAAUGAUAAUUUUGAAAUACGUCCAGUACAAUUACAAAUAAAAGAUAUAUUAGGUAGUGGUAUUUCUGGUGUUGUAAGACUUGGGUUACUGAAAAUUGACCAACAUAGAUCUAUAAAAGUUGCUGUUAAAAUGCUUAAAGACUGUUCAAGUUCUGAAGAAAUAAGAAAUUUUCAUCAAGAAAUUUUGAUAAUGAAAUCUGCUGGUAUUCAUCCAAAUAUCGUAUCGUUAAUUGGAUGCUGUACAUCAAACAUAAGACCGAUGCUAGUCGUUGAAUAUUGUAGCCGCGGUGAUUUACAAAGUUUUCUUAGAGAUAAAUGGGAAAAAAUAUUGUCUGAAUCAUGUAAAAAUAAAACUCAUGAUAAAUCAUCAAAUAACGCAUGUCAAAAUCCAAAUUAUUUUUCAUUGUCAAAGGGUGAAAAUGCUACUUCAAAUCAAUUAUAUGAUGUACAACAAGGAUUACUUGAUAAAAAUGAAGAACUAACAGUAGAAAAUUUAUUAAGUUUUGCACAACAAGUUGCUAAUGGAAUGGAAUAUUUAUCACUCAAUCGAAUAGUUCAUCGUGAUUUGGCAGCACGUAAUGUUCUAGUUUGCGAUGAAUUGACUGUUAAAAUUUCUGAUUUUGGACUAAGUCGUGACGUUUAUCGUGAAAAUGUAUAUAAAAAAGAAGGUAGUGGUAAACUACCGCUUAAAUGGAUGGCUAUUGAAGCUCUGACCCAUCAAAUAUAUACAACACAAAGUGACGUAUGGUCAUUUGGAAUACUUUUAUGGGAAAUAGUAACACUUGGAUGUAAUCCUUACCCUGAAAUACCAACGAAUAUGCUUUUACAUUUUUUAAAAUCUGGUUAUCGGAUGCCAAAACCAUCAAAUUGUAGUCAAGAAUUGUAUGAUAUAAUGAUAGCAUGCUGGAAUUCAUCACCACGAAAUAGACCAACAUUUACAGAGCUUAAAAAUUCACUCGAUAAAUUAAUGCCAACAAUUACUGAUAAACAUGAAUAUAUAAAUAUUAAUGACUUAAUACAAGUGCCAAAUAAAAGAGAAAUAUUAGAAUAAUAUAAUAGUAAUUAUAAAAAAUAAACAGUUAAUAUAAAGUUUAAUUCAUUUGAACUUUCGGAUAUUAUUUAAAUGUGUCUCUACUAGUCUGCAUGGAUGAAUUCCAUCUUCAGAUAACGGCGGAUUGACGAUACUUUUUGUUUCAUUAAAUAAACAUCCCAAAUAGCACACUUGGCUGUGUGACAUCUAUAUCAGUUUUGAAGCUGGUUUCUGAUCUAUCGAGAGGGCAUUAAAAUUUUAAUGAAACGAUCAGAAAUUUAUUUCACCGAAAAAAUAUCUGCGUAAAAGACUUGACACAAGUGACGACAAAAAAUCAAUUAAUAUAAGUCAUCUAAACUAUGUUUUAAUUGAAAUGACUUUUUUAAGCUGGGAAAAAGAACGCAAACUUUUUAUGAAUCCUAAGGCCAGAACUUGUACGUCUUAUUUAUUUAAGAAAAGGACUUUGAUAUAAAACAAAAUUUGUCUAUUUCUUUGAAAGGACAUCUUUACGACAUCUUUAAGCUAUUUCUGUGCUACUUGGGAUUACAUUGAAAUGAAGAAAUAGAAAUUUCUAUGAAGUAAACAUUAUUCUACCUUGGAAAACAGGCAUUUUAUUAAAAUUUCGACUAAAAUUUGAAAAAAACUAUUAUUCGAUUCUAAAGUUUUGAAUUGUCAAUUUGCACAAUGUGAUAAAAAGUCAAUGCAGGAUAAAGUGAUUCUAUGACAAUUGUCAAAACUUGAAUUCUGGGUGUGUAAAAAGACAUAAAUGUCAUGAAAAGUGAUAUUUUCUUUAGUAAAACAGACUCAUCACUAAGACUAAUGUUGGCAUACUCUGCCUCAGACUACUUACUAGUCUAGUCAGUUGGGAAAAAGGCCUUUUGUUUACAACUUCCACUUUAGACAAUACAAUUUGAAAAUUUUUCUAUUAAAAUACUGAGAAAAAUAUAUUUAAUAUAUGUGAGGAAAAAUUGAAUAAAGAAAUUCGAUUUUCGGCAAAAUAGCCUUUUUGCAGUGAGCUUUAAAUUAGAAUAUCUCAGAAAUUGUGCAUUUAUUUACAUUUAUUGGUCUUAAUUUGUAUAUUAUUUUAUAGUAAUCAAAUUAUUGAAGUAUGUCAAUUUCAAUUAUUUACAGUUUGCAAUUUAUUUUACAAACCUUAAAAAGGUUUUUUGCAUACUGCGUCUAUCCUACAGCAGUUCUCAAUUAUGUUAUUUUAAUCGACUUAUUUUUUAUAUGAAAUUGAUAAUACAUCAGUUUAUCGAGACUAUUUUUUAAGAUAAGAUUCGAGUCACUAAUUUUAGUUAAUUCGCCCUCAAGCUUGAAAUUACUAAGGUACCGGCGGGUAAUAAGGCCUAGCUAAGGGAGAUUUUGAAUAGAAUCAAAAAUAUUGCAUUUAGUUAUCGAAAUGUAUCAUUAAUCUUUAUUUCAAUACAUUAGUCAUAAAAUGUAAUGAAGUAAUGGUAAUUUUUACCAUAAACAAACAAAAAAUUAUGCUUUUACAAAUACCAUACGAAUAGGCCUUAUUUUACUACGACAGGGUAAUAAGGCCUACGGGUUAAACAAACUGGAAUAGUUUAACUAUACUUAAUAAAAUUGGUUUUAGAGAUGAAUCAUCACUUAAAUUUAGCAACAAUACUUUUUAAGAAUCAGAAGACUAGAUUGUUUUGCUCAACAGCACUUAAAACUAUCAGUAUUCUUUUUAAGAGUCAGAAGACUAGAUUGUUUUUUAUAAUUUCUUCUGUGCUACGACAGCAUAUGACGGAUGAUGAAAUAUAGAAGACAGGGAACGUGGUAUCGGGACUAUAAAUUUGUCGUAACAUCUCUAUGCAAGACGCUUCUACUAGAGUAGCCUUUAGCAGAGGCGAUUAUAUUAAAUAUCAUUUCUGGCACUUAGGCCUUAUUACCCGACAGGCCUUAUUAUCCGCGGGUACCUUAUAUAUGAAACUGGUGAAACUGAUUUAAAGUGAGCAGAUCGCGAUUUUUUGAUUUGGUGACAAUAGAGAGCACUAUUGAACACUUCGCGUUUGAGCUGGACAAUUUAUAAAUGUAUAUUAUGUUUAUUAACUCAUUGUGACUCUGAAAAUAUAUAAAGCCUUGAAAUUGACCAAUAACCCAAUUAUGAUUCAAAUACAGAAAAAACAAUUAUAUAGUUUACUUUCAUUAUCAUGUGCAAAAUUGUUUAUUAUACAUACAUACGGAUCCGUGGAAUAUAAUAACUUUGUUUGUUUUUUUUUUUUUUAUAUUCAUAUUUAUGUUAUAUAUACAUAUUCUUAAUAGUAAUAAAAAAAACUGUAAUAAUAAAACGUAAAAGUAAUUAAUAUUUAUGAUUAAAAUUUUUAUAUAAAUGAGUAAAUGAAUAUUAUUUAAAUAUAGUAUGUUUACAAAUAGUACAAGUAUUGUUGUCAACAACUUUCAUUUUGUAUUAUUAAUAAGUCCCUCCUCUUAUUUAUUUAUUUAUUUUUUUUUACGUUUUACUUUUCUUAUAUUUAUAUUUUUUUUAUUUUUGUUGGUGUUUGAAAUUAUUUUGAAUACAUUUUUAGACAUCGUGAGCCCCAUUAACGUUGGAUGAAUAAAUCAUUAUUAAUUAAAUGAUUAAUUAUCAGAGACGUUUGAAUGUUAAAGGCAGCUAUUGAAUUUACUUAAUUAAAUUUCCAAACGUGUUAUUUUAAAUUAAAAAUUGUAAAAUGAUACUGAAAUUGUUAUUUUUUAAUUAAAUUAUCUUUUUGUAAAGUUAAAUAUAUCAACCCGGGAUAAUUAUAAUAAUAAGAAAUUCUUUAAUAUGUUCAUUAGUUAAAUACUAUUAUUAAAUUACGUUAAUUUCGAGUCGUUGAUGUCUUUAUUCAUUUAAUUUUUUUAGUCGUCGGUUAAUUUUUAUGUAAAAUUUAGAUUAUUAAUCACAUAUAUUAAUGCUUCUCUUGAUAUAUUAUUUAUUUAUUUACAAUAGAUUUAUUGUAAAUUAAAAAAUCUAUCUAAUAUAUAUUUUUACUUUUAUAUAUAUUUUUUUUUUAAUUUGAUAUAAAACAAAUUUGAUAUUUUAUAUAUAUAUGUAUUAGGACGGUGGUUAAAGAUUAAAUUUUCUCAGACGCCCACAAAAAGCUUCUUUUUAGUGAAAAAAAAAGUGGCGAAUUUGGUUUUUUUUUUUUUUUUUUUUUUUUUUCAAGUAAAAAAAAAAACGUGCCUCAGAACGAUCGAAGCAUUUUUCGAUACAAUCGCGGUUUUUUUCAAAUAUCUCAUGAAAUAAGCAGAUUGAAGGAAAAAAUCAUAGAAACAAUUUUCUAGGAAAUUAAAUUCUUGACAAUAAAGGUCAUAUUCAUUUUUUUUAUAAAAUGUGUAUUUAUGAAGAUAUUUUAAAAAAACUUUUUUAGAUCUGAUGAAUAGUGCGUUUUAAGGAUUACAAAUUUUGAAAGUAACAUUUCUCUAAGUAUAUAGAAACUAUAACAAGCAUUAAUGAUUGAUAUGUUACGAGUAACGAACUUGUCUAUAUUUAAAAAAAACGUUAUUUUUAACAUUCGUAAUCCUUUGAAUGCUCAAUUCAUCAGAUCUAUAAAACAUUUUUUUUAAAUAUCUUCAUAAAUACACAUUUUUUAAAAAAAAUAAAUAGGACCUUUUCUGUCAAGAAUUUAAUUUUCAACAAAAUUAUUCCAAUGAUUUUUUCCGCAAUCUGCAUAUUUCAUCAGAUAUUAAAAAAAAAACUGCGACUGUAUCGAAAAAUGAAUUUGGAUCGUUCUGGGCACAUGUUUUUUUACUUAAAAUGAAAAAACCGAAUCCCCUACUUAUUCUUUCACUAAAAAGAAACUUUUUAUGGGGCGCCUAAGAAAAUUUAAUUUUUAAUGACCACCCUAAUAUAUAUGUAUGAAUAUAUGUAUAUAAAUUUUUUUAAUAAUAUAGUAUCUUUAAGUUUGUACAAAAUGGUUUAAAUAAUUGUAAGUAAAGAAAUAAAUUUAUUUUAUUCCUUUAAAAUUAAUUAAUUUUUAUAGUUGAUAAUAAAAUUAAUUUUAAUAAAAUUUAACUAGAGAAGUUAGAUAAUAAAAAUUUUUCGAAUUUAAUUUUUAUCAAACACGAACGUGUUUCUUUUUCUUUUUUUUUUUUCGAAGAAUUACUUUGUACAGAAAUGUUCAACAUUAUCUUAUUUAAUGUUUUUAUGGCAGUAGGCCUUAGUUGUCAAUCGAAUAUCAAUUAUCAAUAAUUUUGUUUUAUAAUUAAUAAUAAUAAUAAUUUUUCAUUGUAAAUUUAUAAUGAAACGAUUUUAAUAACAAGAUAAUUAAUAAAAACAAGUAAUUGUGGUCGAGUGGAUAACACUCUUGUCUCCAAACGCAAGUACUGGCCAGGCUCAGGUUCGAAUCCCACAGAGUGCAAAUGAAUUAUUUUUCACAAGUUGAUAUAAUGCAUUGAUCUGUAGGAUUUGUUCCAUAUAGCCGUCAGACUCUACCACCUGUCUGCAAUCUUCCCCACUAAAAAGCACUUCGUGAUUGCAAAGAAGUAUGGAAAUAGACAGCUAAUAAUGAGAUAUAUGAAAUAGAAAAAGGAAAAAGAAUGGCCAAGAACAUAGUCCGAAAAAGUUUAGAGUUGUUUGUUACAAAUAUAUGAAAAAUAUUUACCCAAGAAAAAUAGGGACUUAAAAAUUGCUUGCAACGUAACGUAAAGACUAUGUAAUGUAAAUAUGUAAAGAGUAAAAACUGUAGAAAACGGAAGUUAUACAGUUGAGAUUGCAACACUUAAAUUUUUUUUUUUAAUUUAAACAAGAUGAUUAAUACUUAUAAAAGAAUUAAUAGUUUUUUUUUACUGUAUUUUAUACUUUGCAUAAGCUACUACUUGUUUAUAAAAAUUUUUUUUAUUAUUAAAGCGAUGAAAAAGU